CAUAAACUUUACGCACGAGUUUACUGCAGGAGCACAGCAGCACUGAGAGCUCAGAGACGCAAGGCUGAAAGACACAAAAUUAUUUCUCAUCUGGGGCAAAAUCUAGCCUGAGGAGAAGUUUACUUUGAACAUCUACUUGGAAUACUUCUUUUUUUUUUUUUUUAAUGCAAAAUGAACAUUCAGAAGGCAGCAUUGUUUUUAUGUUGGAUGCUUCUGUGCAUGGACAUCUGUCUAAGCCAGAAAGACUGCACAGGCGUGGACUGCCCUGUUCUGCAGAACUGCUUUGAAACUGUUCUAGAGAACGGUGCCUGUUGUCCCACCUGUACACAGAAGGGCUGCACCUGUGAGGGUUACCAGUACUACGACUGCAUCCAAGCAGGCUUCCGGGAAGGGAAAGUCCCAGAGGGGGAGUCAUACUUUGUGGAUUUCGGAAGCACCGAAUGCUCCUGUCCCCAGGGAGGAGGGAAAAUAAGCUGUCAUUUUAUUCCGUGCCCUGAAAUUUCCCCCAACUGCAUUGAAAUUUUACAGCCUGCAGAUGGAUGCACUCAAUGUAGGCGAAUAGGCUGUACCCAUGGCAGCAAGAAAUACGAGGCGGGACACUCCUUUCAGCUAGACCAGUGCCAGGUUUGCCAUUGUCCCAAAGAGGGUGGAAGGUUAAUGUGUUCACCUAUUCCUGGCUGUGACCUUCGUAGUGUUAAUAAGCCCACGUGGGUAACGACCAUUGAAAACAACAACCCUUUGAGAGACAUUACCAGCCGUCAUGACAACCAACAAAUGAGUCCCGUGGAGCCAUUUUCCAAGCUGGCAGUGGGAAACACUCUACCACUGUAUAAGCAGGACCCACCCAGUUUUGGCACAGAGGAUUAUGACUAUACGCUGGCAGAGCCGACCUCUUCAACAAUCCAAGAUCUGGCCCAACCGCUGGAAUCUACUACAGUACCACCAGCCUACCCAGAGUCAAGCUCCACUUCCUUCAGCUCCCUUGAUGAGAGGAGACAUGAGCUGAAAGAAACACAAAAAAGCCCAAAUCCAGUGAGGAGCGGCGAGGAUGAGGUCACACAUAACAUUGAUCCAACCACUACAGGGACUCAGAGUGAAAAAUCAGCGUUGCUAACAACCACAACCACACAGAAAGUGGCCACAGAGAACCACAGGCCACCACCACAGGAAAGUGGAGAAAGGAGCAUUACACGUAACAGUGACAGAAUCAGAGUGGUGCAGGACUCUUUAAGAGACACAGCAUACACUACCCAUGCCACCAAGGCAGGCAGGCACUUUGGCCACCACAAACGCAGCCAAGGCAGUCGCACUGCGAAUCAUGGCGGCUCCCCCUCUGUCAGUCAUAAGGGACAAGAAAAAGCCCCAGUGCAACACAGGCAGUCGCUCGGUAAAGAGGAGCAGGGUUUGUAUCCCACAGUCCAGCUCAGGCCCACCAACAGAGCCCCAGUCAGGGUGAGAGAGGAUGGCGAGCAGCCUCAAAGACAGCCCCAGACCCUCAACAACUACCAGGCUCAGGAUGUGGAGGGAGACACAGAAGUAUCUGCCAAGGAGCUGGUGAAGACCUGCUGUGAGACAGGGGAGAAAUGGGCUUCAGUUAAUGGUCACUGCAACAACAUGGAGCCACCCACCAGAGAUAGGCACUCCAUCUGCUGGACUGCCCAACGACAGUGCUGCCUCGGUUUCCUGAGAGAAAGCCGGUGCCUGGCCGGAAUUAAUGCAGCUAGAGCAGGAAGUAUGUGUGAAGAGGAUGCCAGCGAUAAAUGUGGAAUUGAUUCCUACAAGGAGUGCUGUGGCUGCUGCUCAAUGGGGCUGCAGUUCCGCAGUGAGGGGCAUCACUGCGAAGCCCACCACUACCUGGGCUACCACUGCAGACACGUCUUUCUAAACUGCUGCAAGGGGGAGGAGGGGUUGGCUGGGAGCCAAGACGGCUGGCACUCUGUCAGAGAGAGGCCCGCCCUUGACUCCAGUCCACCACCAAAAAAAGUAUCUGACAGCCCGUACCCUAAAGAGGCCUUCUCCAUUGGUGAAGAGAGGGAUGGGGAGAACGCAGUGGAGGGUCCCAUGGAGGUGGAGGACAUGGAUGAGUGUCUGAUAUACGAGGGCAAGAUCUGCCACCACAGAUGUGUCAACACGCCAGGCUCUUACCGGUGCGAGUGCUUCACUGGAUACGUGCUGCAAGAGGACGCUUUCUCUUGUGCGCAAGAGACGGUGGACGAGGAGAACAGACUGAAGGAAGAUGACAGAGCGGCGGUGGAUCCCACCGCGCCCCUUCCGCCCCCCUCCCAGCCCACUGCCCCAGUCAACCCCUGUGAAGAAAACAGCCCCUGUGAGCAACAGUGCACCCCAGUGGGCGGAAGGCCGCAGUGCUCCUGCUUCUCAGGGUUCUCCCUCAGGGCUGAUGGACACUCCUGUGAAGACGUAAAUGAGUGUUUGUCCGCGCACGCCUGCCAGUUGAAUGAGCGCUGUGUGAAUACUGCAGGGAGUUACAUCUGUCAGAGACCGAUCACCUGUCCCCCGGGGUACCAGAUCAACAACGACAUUUGUGAAGAUAUCAAUGAAUGUGUGGAGGGGCGCCAUAACUGUGGGCUUGACUUUGAGUGUGUGAAUACCGCGGGCUCAUUCAGGUGCAACCCCAAAGCUCACUGUCCGGUGGGCUUUAACCAGGAUGCACAGGGCAACUGUGUAGACAUUGAUGAGUGUGGUGCUUUGGCCCAGCCAUGUAACCCAGGAUUUAACUGCAUCAACACAGCAGGAUCCUACAUGUGCCAGAGGAAGAUAAUAUGUAGCCGUGGCUAUCACGCCAGCCCUGAUGGAUCCCGAUGUAUCGAUGUGGAUGAGUGUCAGAGCAGUCUGCAUCGAUGUGGAGCGGGCCAGCUGUGCCACAAUCUGCCUGGUUCCUAUCGCUGUGAAUGUCAGACAGGCUAUCAGUAUGACUCAUUCAGGAGGAUGUGUGUAGAUGUGAACGAGUGUUGGCGCUACCCAAGUCGUCUGUGUGCUCAGACCUGUGAGAACACCCCAGGCUCCUAUGAAUGCUCAUGUACCUCUGGCUUCCGCUUAUCCGGCGAUGGCAAGAACUGUGAAGAUGUGAAUGAGUGUUUGGCCAGCCCAUGCAGUCAGGAGUGUGCCAACAUCUAUGGUUCCUACCAGUGCUACUGCAGACAGGGCUACUACCUCAGGGAGGAUGGGCACACCUGUGAAGACAUCGACGAGUGUUCCCAGAGCAUCGGCCACCUCUGCACCUAUAAGUGUGUGAACGUUCCUGGCAGUUACCAGUGUGCUUGUCCUGAAUAUGGCUACACCAUGUCUCCAAACGGACGCUCUUGCAAAGAUAUCGACGAGUGUGCCACAGGGGCCCAUAACUGCUCCCUAGCUGAGACGUGCUAUAACAUCCAAGGAGGGUACCGCUGCCUUUCCCUCAGCUGUCCCCCCAACUACCGCAAAGUGUCCGACACACGCUGUGAGCGGAUCAGCUGUCCCAACUACCUGGAGUGUCAAAACUCUCCUCUGAGAAUCACCUACUACUACCUCAGCUUCCAGUCCAACAUCGUCAUCCCCGCUCAGAUCUUCCGCAUCGGGCCCUCCCCCGCCUACUCCGGGGACAACGUCAUCGUCAGCAUCACACAGGGAAAUGAGGAAAACUACUUCAGCACCAGGAAGCUGAACGCCUACACGGGUGCUGUGUACUUGCACCGGCAGGUUGAGGGUCCAAGAGAUUUCCUAAUUAAUGUGGAGAUGAAGCUCUGGAGACAGGGGACGUUUACUACUUUCCAGGCCAAGAUCUACGUCUUCAUCACAGUCAACUCACUCUAACAGCUGGAGCUGAUCUGUGGCCGCCAUGGACCUUAACACAGCUCAUGAGGACUUUUCAUAUCACUAUGUCAUAAGAUAUACCACUGUCUGUCGUGAUUGGUUUGAGUAGUUAAUCUUUCUUAUGUCCGGCUGACUAUUAAAACUUUGCUGCAAGAGUAGUAGAAUGAAACUGUCUGCUAUGUGUCCGAUUCUGAUACCUUGUAAUUUCUUGUCAUUUCAUACUUUAAUUGCAAAUCAUGUCAUUAAUUUCCUUGGAUGUGAAAACCCAUUCCUUAUUUUCAAGAAUCCAUUUACAUUAGCAUAUAAAAUAAUACAUAUGGAGAUACGAAAAGAUUGAAGAGUUUCUGCCGGGGUUUUUAAAAAAAAAUAUUUAUCUUAGUUUUCUCCUGUUAUCAGAUGAUGUGUAGUUUGAUGACUAUUGUGAAAGCAAAGGAAAUUGUUUCGUAAGAGUUUCCAUCAAAGUGCCUGAACGUGUUUGUCUCUUCUCUCCUGCCCUGUACUGCUGUCUUUGUUGUGUCUUUGAGAUAUUUUAAAACCUAAUUUAAUGUUACUCUAUGUGGUGUAUUUUUAUAUCCCUGUAAUCAGACACAUUAUAAAUGGAUGUAUCAUAUUUUUUAUGCUAGAUUCAUAAGCUUCUAAGUAUUUUAGUCAAAUUUAUAUAUAUAAAUAUAAAAACACCACUUUGUUUUUGAGUAUUGGCUAAUUGUAUUUAUUAAGAGGAAUAUUGUUUGUGGAGGAGGAGUGUGAGGUGUGUGCUUUUGUUUUCUAAUCAUUCCUAAGCAAUUUCCACUUGUCAAACCUGUCAUGCACCAGUUCUUGCUCACUUGCUCACUUAUGGUGAACAUUAUUCCUCAAUGAAGUUGGUAAAGUAUAUAAUCCAAUAAUCCAUUCUUGUCGGGACACGUCACACGGUAAAUAUCCGUGCCUAUUUACAUACCUCUUCACACCUUGCUCGUGAACUCACCAUGAGCAUCAUCCAUCAGCACGCAGCGGUUUGAUGCUCGCACAUUUUAUGAUGGAUAAUAAAAGCAAUGAUCAUGUAGUGUUUGAUACGAAAUAAAAUUCUU